CUUCUCUUCUUUUGCUUCUACUUUCUUUGAGUCGCUUCACUUCUCUUGCAUCCUUCAAACUCAUCCACAGCAAGAAAUGGCGACAGCAGCAGCACCAGCAGUGAUCUCAUGGACAAGAUCAGGCAUUGUGUCCAAAUCCGGACAAACCCAGAAGAAAACUGAGAUGAAAGUUUCUUACAUAACUGGACUUAAUUCAUAUGGUGGUCUUAAGGCACAGAACAACAAGGUUGUCUCAAUGGGAUCACCACUCUGCACAGAACAGUGUUUUGCUAAUGUUGUGAUGUCUGUCAAAGGAAGAAGAGGCAAUGGAGGAGCCUUAUCCACCACUUGUAACGCUGUGGGGGAGAUUUUCAAGAUUGCAGCAAUCAUGAACGCUCUUACUCUUGUUGGUGUUGCAGUUGGAUUCGUUCUUCUUCGAAUCGAGACUUCUGUUGAAGAAGCUGAAGCAGAGUAAAUAGAGUAAAAUUGCUGUUCUUAU